GGCUUGUAUAAAGCACUGUAACCCCCAGACAGUGCCAGAACUGGCAGACAUCAAGAGACAGGGCUUUCUAGAGCCAUGGCCCAGCUAUGGGGCCCCCAAAGGCUUGCAGGAGGACAGCUGCAGGCUGACUUUGAGGACAGCACCCAGGCGAGCGUCUUUACCUAUACCAACAGCAACACCACCAGAGGCCCCUUUGAAGGCCCCAAUUACCACAUUGCUCCCAGAUGGGUGUACCACCUCACCAGUGCCUGGAUGGUCUUCGUAGUCAUUGCAUCUGUCUUCACUAAUGGGCUUGUGCUGGUGGCCACCAUGAGGUUCAAGAAGCUGCGCCAUCCUCUGAACUGGAUCCUGGUGAACUUGGCGGUCGCUGACCUAGCAGAGACCAUCAUCGCCAGCACCAUCAGCAUUGUGAACCAGAUCUAUGGCUACUUUGUGCUGGGCCACCCUCUGUGCAUCGUGGAGGGCUACACUGUCUCGCUCUGUGGGAUCACGGGUCUCUGGUCCCUGGCCAUCAUUUCCUGGGAGAGGUGGAUGGUGGUCUGCAAGCCUUUUGGCAACGUAAGAUUUGAUGCCAAACUGGCUAUCGCAGGUAUCACCUUCUCCUGGGUCUGGGCUGCUGUGUGGACGGCCCCGCCCAUCUUUGGUUGGAGCAGGUACUGGCCUCAUGGCCUGAAGACUUCAUGCGGCCCAGAUGUGUUCAGCGGUAGCUCGUACCCUGGGGUGCAGUCGUACAUGAUUGUCCUCAUGACCACAUGCUGCAUCAUCCCGCUCAGCGUCAUCGUGCUUUGCUACCUCCAAGUGUGGUUGGCCAUCCGAGCUGUGGCAAAGCAGCAGAAAGAAUCCGAAUCCACCCAGAAGGCAGAGAAGGAGGUGACACGCAUGGUGGUGGUGAUGAUCCUGGCAUACUGCCUCUGCUGGGGGCCCUACACCUUCUUUGCAUGCUUUGCUGCUGCGCACCCUGGCUACGCCUUCCACCCUCUGGUGGCCGCCCUGCCAGCUUACUUUGCCAAAAGUGCCACUAUCUACAACCCCAUUAUCUAUGUCUUUAUGAACCGUCAGUUUCGAAACUGCAUCUUGCAGCUUUUUGGGAAGAAAGUGGAUGAUAGCUCUGAACUCUCCAGCACCUCAAAAACGGAGGCUUCAUCUGUCUCUUCGGUGUCACCUGCAUGAGUCUCUCCCAGGAAAAUGUAACCCCUGUUCCACUCACCGAGGCUUUGGCCCCACCCCCACCAUCCCUUCUUCUCCACCCCUGUGAGAUAAAUGUAGUUUCUCUUUGCCAAAAA